UCUAUCUUACAUAAAACCCUAUUGAUAAUAUUCGUCUUGCGCUUGUUAUACUAUUUCUUUUCUUUUCCUUUCCUUUUUUGGUGUUGUAAUUGCCAAGAGAGACUCCUGUGAUGGGGGACUCAAGUAUGGUAGAAGGUUCUGCUGAAGCGGCAACGGUGCCUGGAAUCCAUGACGGAAGUGAAGGCGAAGAAGAUAAAGGUCGGGUCGAUGAAGGUGACCGGAGUUUCGGAGGAAAUCGGUGGCCGAGGCAAGAGACUUUAGCUUUGUUGAAGAUACGUUCCGACAUGCAUUCUGUUUUCCGGGACUCAAUUCCCAAAGGUCCACUGUGGGAAGAGGUUUCUAGGAAACUAUCUGAGCUUGGAUAUCAUCGAAGUGCCAAGAAAUGCAAAGAGAAAUUCGAGAAUGUUUACAAGUACCACAAGAGAACCAAAUAUGGCCGAACAAGCAAGGCCAAGACUUACCGUUUCUUCGAUCAAUUAGAAGCCUUUCAAAACAAUAAUGUUCAUUCACUCCGAUCGUUGUUACCUUUGAAGCCGAUAUCGGUUUCGACGUCGAAUCCGACUAAUGUACCUCGAACAAACAAUGUCACUGUACCGAUAAUGAAAUCUGCAAUUUCAAGUAAGGCGGUUCCUAUGCAUUCUAUGAAUCCUUGUUUGUUUAAUCUGUCGUCGAAUCUUUUCUCCACUUGCAAUUCUUCUUCGACCACGUCCAACGACGAUUCCUAUGGAGGAAGCAGUGGGAAGAAGAGGAAAAUAUGGAAGGAGUUUUUCAAGAGGCUGACAAAGGAGGUGAUUGAUAAGCAAGAGGAGCUGCAGAACAAGUUCUUGCAAACCAUAGAUAAAUACGAGCAGAAAAGGAUGGCUAGAGAAGAAGCUUGGAGGAUUCAAGAAAUGGCAGGGAUCAAUAAAGAACACGAGAUUUUAGUCCAGGAAAGAUCCAAGGCGGCUGCCAAAGAUGCUGCAGUGCUUGCAUUCUUGCAAAACAUAUCGGGACAGCAAGUACCGAGUACGGUGCAGGUGCAACCGCAACCGCGACAAGAGAAUCCUCCACCAGAACCACCUCCUCCUGUGAAGCCGAUGUCGGUACCGUUUUCGCUUCCACCGCCUCCAUUGCAGCGGCCGAAACCACAACCACCGCCAACCGAAGCCUUGAAUUUCGAUACUGGAGGGAAUAAUAAUAAUAAUAAUGUGGUUCCAGUUUCAGUUUCACCAAAUCCUUCACGAUGGCCAAAAGCUGAAAUCGAGGCUCUGAUAAAGCUUAGAACCAAUCUUAACAUCAAGUAUCAAAAUAAUGGAGCGAAGGGUCCUCUUUGGGAGGAGAUCUCAUCCGCCAUGAGAAAUCUGGGAUAUAAUCGGAGUUCCAAGAGAUGCAAAGAGAAAUGGGAAAACAUCAACAAAUACUACAAGAAAGUAAAAGAAAACAACAAUACGAGGCCCGAAUAUUCCAAGACAUGCCCAUAUUUCCACCAGCUGGAUGCUCUUUACAAAGAGAAGUUAUCCAAGCCCGACAGCACGAUGGUGCCACUAAUGGUGCGGCCGGAACAGCAAUGGCAACAGCAGCAAGAAGUCAUCCGUCAGGCGUCAUUGAUGGAAGAAGAAGCUGACAGGGAAAACCCGGAUGUGGUUCAAGAUAACGAAGACGACAAUGGAGAUACCGAGGAUGAAUACGAAGGAAUGAUUUCGAGUUAGUAGCGAAAACUGCUCGAAUUCGCAGUGGCGGCGAGUGAGACAAC